AAGAAAUCAGGGUUUUCCCAUAGAUUUAUCCUCUAAUUUUUUUUUUUUUGCAAAAUACAUAUCGGAUUAUAAGAAUGAUUAAGAAAAAAUGAAUGUAAAUUGGUACUUUAAACGUCAACGUUGCUUAUUAAUUUAUGUGGUGAUAGAAAGACCUCUUAGUCAAUCUUCAAUCAAAGUACUUUUAGAUAUCCCGGCCCAUAGCACCGCAUCGAAUCGACGGUGGUUGAUCGUCACCGGAGUUCCACCGGAGAAUCGGUCCGGUGAAGAAUUUCUCCGGCCACAGUGACGGACCGGUACGGUGCAGCUCCGUCCACCACUCGCCUCCUCCCUAUCUCUUCCUCGUCCUGAGCUUGGGAGAGAUUCCCAUUCAUUUUCUUACUUUUCUUCCUCCCUUCUCUCUCUCCAUCCUUCACAUCUCUGUCUCUUCACUCACAGUGAGAUGUCGGAGACCUGCAACUCUCGCCACUUCUCAUGGCUCAUGAAGUCCUGCUUCCCUAACCCUCACGACAAAUCCCUCUCCCCCCACCACCACCCCCCCUUAAAGUCCGCCCCUACCCUCUCCUCCCUCCCCGACGACCUCCUCCUCGAGUGCCUCUCCCGCCUCCCCGCCUCCUCCCUCCCCUCCGCUGCCUCCGUCUGCCGCCGCUGGUCCCGCAUCCUCGACUCCCCCGCCUUCUCCGACCUCCGCCGCGUCCACGGCCUCCUCCGCCCCGCCGUUUUCGCCCUUUCUUCCCUCGACUCUGCCCUCCUCUCCGCCUCCCUCCACCUUGACCCCGACUCCGAUUCCCUCUGGCGCGUCUCCCUCUUCCUCCCCCGACGGCGGCGGAUUCCCCCCGCUAGCUUCCAGGGCCUCGUACCCCACGCCCGCCUGGCCGCGAUCGGCCCGAGGAUCUACAUCAUCGGCCGGAAUGCCGUCGUUCGCUACGACACCUGGACCGGGUGCGUCACUUCUAGGUCGCCGAUGACGUUCCCGAGGAAGAAAUUCGCCGUCGCGGUGCAUUCCGGGAGAAUCUACGUGGCCGGCGGGGGCGGAAGGACAUCGGCGGUUGAGGAGUACGAUCCGGAAAGCGACGGGUGGAGCGUGGUGUCGCACGCGCCGAGGAGACGGUACGGAUGCGUCGGCGCUUCAGUGGACGGCGUGUUCUACGUGAUCGGAGGCCUCCGGAUAGGCCCCCCGGGGGGGAGCGACCCGCCGCGCGCCGCCGGGGCGGAGGCGCACGUGUACGCGAGCUCGAUGGACCUGUACGACGUGGAGGCGCGGGGGUGGCUCAGGAGCCGGGCGGUGCCCGGCGGGGGUUGCGCGGUGGCGGCCUGCGCGGCCGUGGGCCACGUGUACGUCCUGGCGAGCCACGCGCUCGAGCUGUCGUUCUGGAGCCUCGACGCGCGCCGGAAGAGCGGGGGCUUCGGGGAGUGGAGCCGGGCGAAGAGCCCGCCUCUCCCGACGCAGGUGCGGCUGGACUCAACGGUGAAGUUCAGCUGCGUGGGCGUCGGGGACAAGGUGGUGCUGGUCCAGGUGGCGGGCUGCAUCGACGACCUGCUGCGGAGGAGCGGGAGGAGCGAGAGAGGGCUGAGGGAAGGGCUGGUGCUGGUGUACGACACGGCGGCGGGGGAGUGGAGCAGAGGGGCCGAUCUGCCGGAGGUGAUGGCACGCGCCACAUGCGCGUGCGUGGAAUACUAGGGAGGAUGCGUGGCGUAGCUCGUGGGCGAAUAUAAAAAGCUAAAACGUAGAGUUGUGGCGUUAGCAUCCCGUGAAGGGAGAGAAGGAGACAAGAUCUAUCUGUGAAAGUGGGGAGGACGGGUGCGUAGGAAAACGAAACGCGUCGCGCGUGAGAAUUCACUCUCGUCGUUUUGCCCUUGUUUCUUAAUUUUGAUUUGAUUAAGAAUGUCUCUUAAUUUGUAAUUUACUUAUUCAAUGUUGCUGUUGUGUUUUUUUUUUACCCCCUUUUUUACUGUUUCGAAAGCACUGGCUCUGCUGGCUUCUUCGUUCAGUGAUGAUGUACUUUGGAAAAAGGAAAGCCAAAAAGCAUACAGUAAAAGUGGAGAUGCAGGGGAUCGAACCCUGUACCUCUCGCAUGCAAAGCGAGCGCUCUACCAUUUGAGCUACAUCCCCUUUUUUAA